AUGGACUUCACGCACGGCACCAGCAGUCUGGGGUAUCACUUGUCUACUGGAAGGGGAUUCCUUGUUCUAGAUUUCAUCUGCCGGGAUCAGCAGGCUGUUGCUAUUUCGGCUAUCCUUACUUACUUCAAGGAAAAGAAUCCUGGGUGGCGUAACAUCGUGUCAGUCGUGAUUGACAAGGACUUUGUAGAAUGGUGGGCACUGAUGGAAUCGUUUCCAGAUGCCAAAGUUGUGCUGUGUCAGUUUCACGCAAUUGCUUAUUGGAAGAUGGUAAUGAAGCGAUCAACGUUCCGCUUGACUAUUUCUCAACAGGAAGGCCUCAUCGAAUUGAUGACACGGCUGUUGUACUGGUAA